AGCAAGCGCCACUUGCCAGUCAGUUUUUUAAUAACAAAAAUAGGCGAGUUCCAAGGACUCGUUGAGGGUACAAUAUGUCCCAUAGAUAGUUGUUCGUUAACUAUUUCUUGGAGGGCGUGAAGUUUUUCCAGUGGCAGGGGCCAUUGAUCAAUCCAAAUAGGAGUAUCUGUCUUCCAGGUUAACUUUGGGGUUUCACGCCCCUCAAUGGCCCCGCCUAAAAAUGUGUCUGGAUAGACACCCCCCACUGAGACAAUACAUCACGCCCCCACAAGACCAUAGGUACUGGUAAGAUAAACGGUUUGACUGAGGCAACUUGUCCUUCUGAAUUUUGAACUUGUAUCAUUUCUACGCUUUGGCGGCUAGCUCCACACCCCCCAAUUCCUGCUAACGUCUGAGAGAUAUCAGCUAAAGGCCACCUAGAAGGCCACUUUGCUUGAGAAAUAACGGUAACGUCUGCACCUGUAUCAAUGAUAAACAGGGACUUGAAGAAGCACCGCCAGGAGAUGGAGGAGGCAUGCCAGAGGAAGUGGAAUUUCGAUUUCCAGAAUCACAAGCCGCUGGAAGGCAGGUACGAGUGGCAAGCCGUGGAGAAGGGGAGCUCGCCUGACUUCUACUUCAGACCCCCCAGGCUACUGAAAGCUGUCUGCAAGUCCGCCAGCCGCCAGAGCUUGGACGUAAACGGGAAUUGCCAAAACGUGGUUUUUGUCGGCUCUCAGGGAAUCUCAGAAGACACUCACUGUGUAGAUCAAAAGACUGAUGUUUCUGAAAAUCAGACGGACUUUGCAGAGCAGUGCACUGGGCAGAGGAAAAGACCUGCCACCGAUGAUUCCUCUCCUCAAAAUAAAAGAGCCAACACAACAGAAGAAGAGGUUUCAGAAGACUCCCCCAGUGCCAGUCAGUGGAGGCGGCGGGGGGGGGAAAGGACCUGCAAUUUUGGUAGGCAGUAAGUGAACAGAGGAAUCAAGUAGCGUUACUGUGUGGGCAGCUGCCAGGUCCAGGCCGGCGCUCCCUGCUGUUGCGGGAGAGAGACUGGAAACCCUCCGGUCCCCUGCUCCUCCCCCCGCGCUUGCAGGGGCGUUGAGGUUGGCCGCGGAACUUGUGUCUGCACGCGCCGCGGGUUCGCGUUAAAAGUUUUUUGCAAUCAGCGUUGGCAUUUUCCACUGCUAAUUUAAGUAAUAGGAUAUCUCGAGCCUCGGUAUUAUCUAUCUGCCGAUCUAAGGCUUGUUUCAACCUGUCUAUAAAUUGCAUAUAUGGCUCUCGGGGCUCUUGGGUGAUAUUAGUGUUAUAGUUGAAUUGAAUUUUGUGGGCUGUGUUUUGAUCCUGUAGACCGUAUCCAAGAUUCUUAGCUUUGAUACUGUAUCCAGGUUCAGAAUGUGCAUUCAAGCAUGAUUUUAUAUAAUUAUACCCUAUUCUUGAAAUUGACAUAGAUUUAUGACAUAUUCUUUAGAACAGGUAACUUAAACCAUACCCUAUUCUUAAGAUUGAUAUAGAUUUAUGAUAUAUUCUUUAAAACAGGUAAAAACAGGUAACUUAGAAAUAACUGAUAAACAUGCGAAUGUUACUUAGCAUUGCUUAGAUAGACAAUUUGUGUUAGAAUAGGUGUGGGAUAUGCUAAUGGUUGUCAGGAAUUGUAAUGCAUAUGUAUGUGAUCAAAUUGUAUAAAUAUGGUGUAGUCUGAAUCAGUGGCUGAAGCCAGCUUUGGGUGCGAACCCCUGGUUUCCCAGCGCUGAAAUAAAGCACCGCAUAUAACUGCACCUGUGGUUAUGUGUCUUGAAUGCUAACAUUUUUGGCGACCCAGAUGGGACCUCGCGAGCAUUGCUGAGGCGGAUCGCGUCUUGAUCCUGCUCCAGCUAGCACCGAGGUAUUCUUGGGGAGUGCAUCGGACACGACCGACCCUCUGCUGCUCACGACGGACCUCUGACUGGUAAGAAGGUGCUUUAUCUGGAUUGUUGGGUACCCACUUGGUCUGGUUCUGGUCUGGUAGCCUGCUGGUCAGGCAUCUGGUAGCCUGCCGGUCAGACGCGGCGAAAGCCACGCUCGGUUGGGCAGGGAGCUCCCGUGGUAUUGCCUAGGCAGCCGUCCGUCAGACAGAGGGAAACCUCUGCAGGUUCGGCAUCUGGUCUGGUUAUUUGUGCCGCAGGUUCGGCACCUGGUCUGGUUAUUUGUACGCACCUGGUCUGGUUAUUUGUGCGCACCUGGUCUGGUUAUUUGUGCUGCUCAGCACCUGGUCUGUGGUUCCUGUGAUUUAGUCUGUACUUGCUGUUGAAAUCGGUGAUCUGAUCCGUGUUUACUGUUGUUCUAGUGAAGUUAUCUGUGUUAUCUUUCUGUGUUGAUAUGUCUGAUUCAAAAGUGUCGCCGUUGAAUUGUUUAUUGAAGUAUUGGAAAGAGGCUGGGUUUGGACAGUCUAUGCAUAAAAAGAAGUUAAUUGAGUAUUGCACUCAUUGGUGGCCUGAGUAUAAAUUACCAAAUGAAGUACAGUGGCCGCCGGAGGGCACUUUGAACCAUGAAAUUAUUGCUGAAUUAAUGAGGUUUUGUCAGAGAGAGGGCAAAUGGGAUGAAGUUCCAUACGUUGAUCUCUUCUUCUAUCUCGAGCGAAAACAUGAUUGGAGAGAGAGCUGUGGGUUAAUGUUGGUGCAAGGUAGCAGCAAUAAUAAGUGCGUGGGAUGCACAACGGAAAAGAAAUGCAUGACGUGUUUGGCUGUAGAAAACAGCAGUGGUAAUGAUUCAAAGACGGAUUUACUGUGUUUUGAUGUUGCGCCUUCUGAGGAAGGGGUACCAAUUAGACCCUCCGCGCCUGUCCUUCCCAUCGAUAGUGAUGACGAAUCAAGUGAUGAAAGGGGGGCUAUAGCCGGUGUAAAAGGAAUAACCGUAACUCCAAUAUCUCACCGAACUAGAAACAGAGAAAAGGAAAAGGAAGCACAAAAGGGGGGAGGUUUAUCGAAUGUGAUAGCACCCCUGCGGCAGGCGGUAGGUGUUGGGGGGGAACCGGUCUAUGUAAAAGUUCCAUUUUCGCCGGGGGAUUUAGUGAUCUGGAAGCAGUCAGCUGGUCCUUAUAGGGAAAACCCAGAUAAGGUUGCAAAAGUGAUUAAGAUGAUAAUUAAGACGCAGAAUCCUGAUUGGGAUGAUUUACAAGUCAUUCUAGAUACAUUAAUGGAUUCUACAGAAAAGGAUAUGGUUAUACGGGCUGCAAGGGAUAAGGUGAAAGAAGAUAUCCGGAAUGGGAGAGUAGAGGGGAAUGUUGAUGAGAAUUUUCCAAAGGAGGAUCCCCGAUGGAAUUAUAAUACAGGAGGCGGGUUAUGUCAUCUCCGGAGGUAUCAAGAUUGGUUAUUGAUCGGUGUUCAAACUGCUAUGCCGAAGCAAAUGAAUUGGUCAAAAUUGUAUAAUGUAAGGCAGGAAAGGAAUGAGUCUCCCUCAGCCUUUUUAGAAAGAUUAAAAGAAGCUGCCAAAAGAUAUACGGAUUUAGACGUAGAAACGGAACAAGCAAAAAUUCAGUUGGCUCUAAUUUUCUUAGGGCAAUCUCAAGAUGAUAUUCGAAAGAAGCUGCAGAAAUUAGAGGGUGCACAAUUAAGGGAUCUGGACGUAAUGUUGGAAACAGCUUGGAAAGUUUAUAAUAAUAGAGAAAAAGAACAAUCGAGACGCCACCAGCAAAAUUUGUUGGCUUUGAUCCAGGGACAAGGCAGGGGAAUAGGGGUCCGGGGUAGGGGAGCUGGAAAUAGUCGAGGAAGUGGUCGGGGACGUGGUUCGUGGAGUGCCCAAGGAACUCCCCUGAGACCCCUCAUGAGGCUUGGCAUAAAUCAAUGUGCUUAUUGUAAGCAAGAAGGACACUGGAAAAAUGAAUGCCCGGCUAGGAGCCCCGUGGGUCAGAUGUCCAAUGCGACGGGAAAUGCGGUACAGACUAUGGUGUUAGGGGAAUACAGUAACAACAGCUGACUAUAUGAAGGCACGGAAGUGAAAACCCAGAAUAAGGAGCCCUUAGUGACAAUACAAGUGGGAGACCGGGAUGUAAGAUUUUUAGUAGAUACGGGGGCUACUUACUCUGUAUUAAAUUCCUUACAGGGGGCAGUGGGUCACAGAGCUACAACAAUUGUUGGUGCCACAGGGAAGGAGGAAGUACGGCCAUUCCUGCAACCUUUGGAUUUGUGUUUUGGAGAAAAGGAGCUAACCCACGAGUUCUUAUAUGUUCCAGAUUGUCCAGUUUCUCUUUUAGGACGAGAUUUGCUGACCAAAUUAGAUGCCACGAUAACAUUUGAGGAUGGAAAUUUGGUAAUGAAAGUUCCAGAGUCAAAGGUAGGACAAAUUUUACUAUUAAAGGAAAAUCCAAUUGUGAAAAUACCACAGGCAAUAGAGGAUGCAGUGAUUCCCACGGUAUGGGAAACUGAUAUACCUGGGAAGUCAAAGGCAGCUAAACCUGUGAAAGUAGCGCUGAAGGAAGGUGCUGAACCGGUACGAUUAAGACAGUACCCAUUGAAAUUGGAAGCCAGAUUAGGAAUAGUAUCUUUAAUUGAGAAGUUUUUGAAAUAUGGAAUUCUAGAGGAAUGUGAAUCAGAAUAUAAUACUCCAAUUUUUCCAGUAAAGAAACCUGAUGGUAGCUAUCGACUAGUCCAAGACUUACGAGCAAUAAACCAGAUCACUAAGGACAUACAUCCAGUAGUUGCAAAUCCGUAUACCUUGUUAACAUCUGUGAAAGAGAAAUAUAAAUGGUUUACAGUACUUGAUUUAAAAGAUGCCUUCUUCUGCAUACCCCUUGACCAGGAAAGCAAAAAGCUAUUCGCUUUCGAAUGGGAGAACCCACACAACGGGAGAAAAGCCCAAUUAACCUGGACACGCCUUCCACAAGGAUUUAAGAAUAGUCCAACUAUCUUCGGAAAUCAACUAGCCAAAGAACUUGAGGAGUGGACUACGAGAGGCUAUAUCAGAAUUCCUCGACAAUGGUAUUUGUUGCUGCAAUAUGUGGAUGAUAUUCUGAUUGCUGCUGAGACCCAAGAACUUUGCAUACAGGUAACAAUUGGAAUAUUGAAUCAAUUAGGAAUGAAUGGAUAUAAAGUGUCAAAAAAUAAAGCUCAGAUUGCAUCCACAACUGUGAUCUAUCUAGGAUGCGAGCUUUCUCAAGGACAGCGAAGACUAGGUAUAAACCGUGUACAUGCUAUCUGUGCGAUCUCAGAACCGCGUAACUUACAUGAAUUAAGGUCUUUUCUAGGAAUGGCAGGAUGGUGCAGGCUCUGGAUCAUGGACUAUGGACUUAUUGCCAAACCUUUAUACGAGGCACAGAAAAAUAAGACCUUGGUGUGGGAAAGACCACAACGAGAAGCUUUUCGGAAAUUGAAACAAGCUUUAAUGCAAGCGCCUGCUUUGGGCCUACCUGAUCUGAGUAAAGACUUCCAGUUAUUUGUACAUGAACGACAGAGACUUGCUCUAGGGGUAUUAACCCAACGGCUGGGAUCUUGGAAAAGGCCCGUAGGUUAUUUCUCUAAACAACUUGACCCGGUAAGUGCUGGAUGGCCGGCGUGCUUGCGGGCGGUGGCUGCUACCGUGAUAUUAAUUCAGGAAGUCCGGAAACUGACUAUGGGGAAAAAGAUUGAAGUGUUUGUAUCCCACAUGGUGACUACUGUAUUAGAACAAAAGGGGGGCCAUUGGCUUUCCCCAAGUAGAAUGAUGAAAUAUCAGGCAAUUUUAACAGAGCAGGAUGAUAUUACCCUAAAAACAACUAACCUAAUGAAUCCAGCUGUGUUUUUAAGCGCAGAGACUGAAGAAGAAAAUCUGGAACAUGAUUGUGUGGAGGUCAUUGAAUAUACCCACGCAAGUCGACCUGACCUGAAAGAUACCCCGUUGGAGAAGACGGAUUGGGAGCUUUUUACUGACGGCAGUAGUUUUGUGGAAAGAGGAGUGCGGUAUGCAGGAUACGCGAUUACUACUGCCAAAACAGUAAUUGAAGCUAAAUCCCUACCACCAAACACAUCAGCACAGAAAGCUGAGUUGAUAGCCCUAACUAGGGUAUUGGAGCUCAGUGAGGACAAAAGGGUCAAUAUUUGGACUGACUCAAAAUAUGCAUUCGGGGUUGUUCAUGUACAUGGAGCUCUUUGGAAAGAGCGUGGACUACUCUCCUCCCAAGGAACAAACAUCAAGUACCAAAAAGAAAUAUUGAACUUGAUUAAUGCUGUUCAAAAGCCAUCACUGGUUGCCAUCAUGCACUGUAAAGCUCAUCAGAGUGGGACAUCAACAAUUAUUGAAGGAAACCGACUUGCUGAUCAAACAGCCCGAUCAGUGGCACGACGAGUCUGGAUGAUGGUGGGUCUUGUCUCCCAAAAGGUAAGAGCAAUUGAUUUAUUACCUACACCUUCAGAGGCACCUGAAUAUUCUACAGAAGAUGAGAAAUUGGCAAGACUAGUAAAAGCCGUCAAGGACAAUUCUGGAUGGUAUGUAACCACCAACGGACAAAUUGUGGUCCCGAUCACAAUUAUGAGAGGGAUACUUCAGGCGGAGCACCAGAAGUGUCAUUGGGGUGCAGAAGCAUUGGUAACUUAUCUAAGAAAACAAAUUAUCUCGGUCCAGAUGUUAACAAUGGCAAAAUCUAUCACAGCUAAGUGUGAAAUUUGCUUGAGAAAUAAUCCUUUAGUUCGAAGAAAAGUAGAUAUGGGAAAAAUUAGGACAGGUGUACAACCAGGGGAUUGUUGGCAGAUAGAUUAUGUGGAACUCCCCAAAACUCGAGGAUUUAGAUAUCUGCUAGUUGGGGUAUGCACCUUUUCAGGAUGGCCAGAAGCCUUCCCUUGUCGCACCAACCAGGCACAAGAAACUGUAAAAUGGUUACUGAAGGAAAUAAUUCCUAGAUUUGGAGUACCAUUGGGAAUAUCAUCUGAUAGGGGACCGCAUUUUAUUGCUCAAGUGGUAAAGGAAGUCAGUAGAUGUUUGGGAAUUAAAUGGGAAUUACAUACCCCAUGGAGACCCCAGUCUAGUGGCCAGGUGGAGAAAAUGAAUCAGACGUUAAAACGACAACUUAGCAAAAUUUGCCAGGAAGCAAAAAUUCAGUGGCCCCAGGCCUUACCAAUAGCGUUAUUGCGAAUUAGGAUUAAACCUAGGAGUGGAAUGUCCGUAAGUCCAUACGAAAUUCUGUAUGGCAGACCAUAUGAAGCACCUGAUCCGAAUCCAAGUGUACAUGUAAAAGGUAAUCAGGAUGUGUACAAUUAUGUGUUGUCUCUCGGCAGGACAUUGAAUCGACUCAGAUCUGUACUAGUGUGGAAUCGCCCACUAGCACUUGAGAAUCCGGUACAUGAUAUAGAACCUGGAGACACAGUGUAUAUAAAGACUUGGAGAGAAGAUCCUUUAAAAGAACGUUGGGACGGACCUUAUCAAGUACUUUUAACUACAUUUACCGCAAUCAAGGUUGCUGAAAUAGACUCCUGGAUACAUUACACCCGAGUGAAGAAAGUCCCAAAACUGUGGCAAUCACGAUUAGUGGGUCCAACCACACUUAAAAUCACAAAGCAGGAUGUCUAA